AUGGCGCUGAAUGAGGGACGAGAGAUCUGGGUUACCUCUGUGCAUCCAGGUCUCGUUGAAACAAACCUAGCCACAGCAGUAGGCAAGUCUGGACCAGGAAUGAGCACUCUUUUCUUGGUUUUGCGCAUUCUAGGACUAAUGUGGUCUACCGAUAAGGGCUCAUGGACCAGUUUAUUCUGUAUAGCAAGUCAAGAUAUGAAGGCAGAGCAGAGUGGUGCAUAUCUUGAGAUGUUCCGGCGCUUUGGAGAGCCUAGGUGGCAGAGUGGUGCGGCGAAAGACGAGAGACUUGCAGAGAGGUUAGAAAGUGGACUAAGAAGAUUAUGA